AUGGGUAAGAAAAGAAUGAAAAUGGAAUUGAUCAGGAAAGAGAAGUCUCGUAUGCUAACCUUCCGGAAGAGGAAGGCAGGCUUGCUUAAAAAGGCUUCUGAAUUCUCCAUUCUUUGCGGUGUUGAUGCAUGCGUAAUAGUCUUCGGACCAAAGCAGAACGAUGAUCAACAACCUGUGGCAGCUGAGACUUGGCCUCCAAAUUCCGAUGAGGUUCGGUCUACUAUCAACAAGUACAAGGAUAGCGAUCAACCGAGAAAAUGUUAUCUGGUCUCUGAUUAUUUUACUGAUAAAAAGAAACAGGUUGAUUCGGAGCUUGCAAGAUUGCACAAGGAAAUUAUCAAAGCCAAGUACCCUACUUGGGAUGACUGUCUCAACAAUCUUUAUGCAGUUCAAUUAAGGUUACUUCUUCGUCAAUUGGACGCUAAAAUUGAAAUUGUUGAUAAGAAACUUGGCAAUUUCAAAGAAUUUCAGCAUGGCUUGGAUAACGGAGCACCGUGGGUUCAAGCUACAUCGGUUAAUCCAAGCGUCUGCAUGAAGAGUGAAGAUGACAAUAACAAUAGAUAUCUACCUAAUUGCUUUCAGCUUAAUCCUAAGCUAUUCUAUCCUGAGCAGAGUCAUCAUACGACAGACUUAUUGGAGCCAACCGACUUGCAGCUUUUCUCUGAAGAAAGGCUUUUGAAUGUUCAAUUGCCAGUCCAUUUUCAAUCGGAACAGAGUGCUCAUGGGGCUACAAUGAAUGCAAAUAUCUGGGAUUGGCACGGUUACGAUUCGACUGACUUGCAACUUUCCUGUGAAGCGAAGCCAUUGAAUGCUCAACCACCGAUGCUUUUCCGAUGCAAUCAGAUUGCUCCUGGGACUUCAUCACAUCCACAUGUAAUGGAAGAUGCGUACCAUCAGAAUAACAGCAAUCAAUUUAGUUUCAAGUCCAGUAGUAGUAAACUGCCUUCUGUUAGCCACAUACCAUGGAUGUGGGAUGAUGAAUGGUUCAACAAUGCUGAUUCCUCAAUGACCUAUAUUGCUCCCACCAAAAUGCCACUUACGCCAUCUAUGCAAUUUCCCAUGUCAGGCUUUCUUCAUCAGAUGAACUCUUCUGAAGGAAGUGAUUUCAAUGGUAACAUUGAAUUUGAAGGGAAAGGUCAAGGCUUCAAGUAG